CUGCUGGAGGCAACCCGGUUGACCUGUGGAUGCUGUGAACCAGGAGCUGACCAAAAAGCGGGAGAGCUCCAGGAUUCCUCCUCAGAAAAGGGGCACCAACCAUUUUUGCGAACUGCAUGGAGAUGAGUGUCUGGGAUCUACCCUUCUCUUCUGAUGUCCAAACAAAAAAGCUCUGCUCUCUGUAAAGUCCACUGGCUCCCAUUGUCUCUUUUAUCCACUGAAGAACUCUGCAGAUGGAGUGAGGGCUGUACCUGAAGGCAACAGCUGUCCUACUGUAACUGCUAAAACCAGGCACCAUCAGUACUCAUUUCAUGGUGUCUGUCCCUGUGUGUGGUGACAAGGGGUGUACAGUGCACUUUCACUUCUGGUCGCUGCAAGGUGCUUUGAUUUUUCUAGUCUAAUUAUGGCUUCUCAACAGAGGCUGGCUGCUGUGAAGGAUCACAGAGUGACAUGCUUGAUGCACAUGUCUCCAGAGAGCAAGGCUGAUCAAAAGGCAACCAUGAACUACUGAGUGUGCUUCCAUUGCUGGUCACAGUGAAACAGAUCUGCUUCAUAGACAAAAUCUAAACUUAGUUUAAGUUUCUGAGUAAUAAAGAUAGGGGAGCAUGGCUGCUAAGAAACUACGAAGAGCAAGGUUGCCUCAGGAGCUCUGUGAAAGGCUGAGUCACCAUCAGAUCACUACCUGUCAGGAUUUUUUAUGUCUUUCCCUCUUGGAGCUAAUGAAAGUGACAGGACAAAGCUACUAUGAUGUGCAGAAGCUUGUUUGUAAAGUCAGCCGGGCUUGUGCUCCCAAAAUGCAGACUGCUUAUGAAAUGAAACUGAAGAGUUCUGUCAAUCCCUCUUCAGCCUUUUUAUCCACCAUGUUGCAUAGUUUGGAUAAAGUCUUGCAUGGUGGAGUGCCCUGUGGAUCCCUCACAGAGAUUACUAGUCCACCAGGUUGUGGCAAAACUCAGUUUUGUAUUAUGGUGAGUGUUGUGGCUACACUGCCUGUAAGCAUGGGAGGACUAGAUGGGGCUGUUAUAUACAUUGACACAGAGUCUGCAUUCAGUGCUGAAAGGUUGGUUGAGAUAGCAGGAAACAGAUUCCCUACUUAUUUUGACUCAGAUGAAAAGCUGUUCUGCAUGACCCGUAGCGUUCACCUGUAUCGAGAGCUGACCUGUGACAGUGUACUGAAGAGGAUUAUGUCUUUGGAAGAAGAAAUUAUUUCGAAGAAAGUUAAACUCAUAAUAAUUGACUCUGUUGCUUCAGUUGUCAGAAAGGAGUUUGACACAAAACUCCAAGGCAACCUGGCAGAGAGAAGUAACUUCUUGGCCAGAGGAGCAUCAGUGUUGAAGUAUUUGGCAGAGGAGUUCUCAAUACCAGUUAUCUUGACGAAUCAGAUUACCACAUCGUUGAGCAAUGGCCCUGCGAUCCAGGCAGACCUGGUGUCUCCAGUUGAUGAUUUGUCCCUGUCUGAAGGAUCUUCUGGAAGUGGGAAGAGGGAAUCUGGUUGUGUGACAGCAGCCCUUGGCAACACAUGGAGUCAUAGUGUUAACACCAGGCUUAUACUACAGUAUCAUGACUUGCCGACAAGACAGCUCCUGGUUGCUAAGUCCCCUGUUGCUCCAUUCUCAGCUUUCUUCUAUACCAUUGAGAAAUCAGGCUUGGUUCUUCAAGAUGGAAAGGAUCAAACAAAUUUAACCUGGGAAGGAACUAAUCCUGCCCUGCAGACCAUACGAGUGAGGAACACUGCCUUGAAAGAUACUUUACUUGAUGCUGCUUUACCCAGCACUACUGGUGAUGCUCUGAGCAAUACAUCCAAUCUAUAGAAAAGACCAAUGAAACCUCCUCUAUGAAUUGAAUGAGUGACAACAUUGGUUUGCAGACAUCCAGUGAAGCAGAUAGUGAGCAUUCUUCUUCAUGUGUCUCUUUAAAGACUGACUUUAAAACCAAGUCUUGUUCUUUGUAUGUGCAGAGCCAUACUUAAUUCUGGACUUCUGAAAAUCGUCUAUUUUGUUCAGGAUAGUUUAAGCAAGAUAGCAAUAAAAGCCUCUGAACAGCA